GGCUGAACACAAUUACAGCCACCAAUUUUUUUUGGGAAAAUUUGAACUUCCCUCCAACCAAAAACCCUCCAAAACGAAAAUGGAAAUACAUCAAAAUCAGAAUUCUAUUUAAGGAAUGUAUUGAAUGCAUUCACUUAUUCUUUCUUCUCUUCUUAAGCUUCUUCAUGGCCCCUCCUGAAUCUUCUUUGGAUUCAUCCACUUCCUUUUCCUUUUCAGACGAUGAGUCAUCCUCGUUUGACAAUCUUCCCCAAGUGAUUGACGUGCCUUUUCCUAACCUCGACACUCCUGCAACAGAAAGCGAAAACAACGGGAAAGGUUGUGUACACAAUGAAAAACGAAAAAGGGUGGUCGAUGUGUUACUGCAACAGUCCAAAAACGGCAAACUUCAGCACGGUGUCAUUAAGAAGGUAGCUGAGGAAUUCAGCUUUUUAGUGAAAACAGUCAGCAAGCUUUGGGUAGUAGCUACAAGUCAACUCGAGGGUGGUCUACCCGUUAAUGUUGAAUGCAAAAGGAAAGGGAAUAGUGGCAGGAAAAGGCUCCCUCUGGACAUGGAAAAAAUGGCAGCAGUGCCUUUUAAUAGGAGAAAGAACAUGCGUGCACUUGCCCAUGCUAUGGAUGUGUCAAAAUCCACAGUCCAUAGAUGGCUUAAUAGGAAAAACAUCAGGAGGCAUUCAAAUGCCAUCAAGCCACUACUAUCUAAAAAAGAUGAGGCAGACCCAUACAGGACCAUCCAAAGCAAGAGUUUCAUACCAAAAAUAAUGUUUCUAGCUGAUGUUGGUAGGCCUAGGUAUGGGGAGGAUGGGGAGCUUCUAUGGGAUGGGAAAAUAGGCAUUUUCCCAUUCACUUAUGAAGCUCCAGCUCAAAGGUCUAGUAAGAACAGGCCUGCAGGAACAAUGGAAGUAAAGCCCAUCCCAAUCAUAAAUAGAGAAGUGAUGAAGAUGAUGUUGCUUACUAAGUUACUGCCAGCCAUUAAAGAAAAAUGGCCAGGACCAUCAAGGAAUAUAAUAGUACAGCAAGAUAAUGUUAAGCCUCAUGUGGAUGGCAGUGACCCUGAUCUUAUGGAAGCUGCUCAAGAAGAUAAUUGGAACAUCCAACUGAAGUUCCAGCCACCCAACAGACCGGACCUAAACGUACUUGAUCUUGGAUUCUUUAGGUCCAUUGACUCUUUGCAAGACCAAACAGCAGCUAGGUCCUUGACAGAGUUGAUUCAAGCUGUUACAAUAGCUUAUGAGGAACUAUCACUAGAGAAACUUAAUAAUGUAUUUUUGACUCUUCAAGGGGUCAUGGGUGAGGUUCUAAGUCACUAAGGAGUUCUAUGUAAUGAAUGUGCCCUUCUAUA